AAUCCGGUAGGUGGCAGUGAAUGUUCUCAGGUAGGGAGGGCAGGUUAUUUGGUGGUGGGGGGGGGCGUGUGCUCCUCUUGCACAAGCGCUCCCAUGUUGCGUAGUCUGGAAACCUGACGUGGAGAGCAGCCGAGCAGUCAGAGCUACAACAACGCAUGCUAGUGUGUGUGUAUGCGAGUGUGUGUGAGUGUGUGAGUGUGUGUGUGUGUGUGAGUGAGUGAGUGAGUGAGUGCGAAUGACAGAGUUGCGGCAGGGCAGAUCAGAAAGUGCCUGUGGCCGCUCUCUCCCCGGCUCGCGCACUCCUCUCGGGACUAACAGAGUCGCACGAGACUGGCGGCACGCUCCGAACCCGCUCGGCCGGCCGCGGGUGACCCGAGGAUCCCACUUUGACGAACACGCUCGGGCUCCGCUGGCAGGAAAGGGGCAACUAAACUACAUUCAUUGACUUGUGAGCGAUGCACUGGCAGCAUGGCCAAGUGGUUCAAGGAGCACCUAGGAUUCAAAACUACCAAAGCCCCCCCGCCGGCGCCUCCGAAGCCGGACUACAGACACUGCCACACCGGUGUGCCCGGUGCGCCUGGCCACCAACAAGCGAGCUCCGGGGCCACCUUCCCGAGCCCCGCUCAGCCGGACAUCCUCGCCGCCUACAAACUUCAGAAGGAGCUGGACUUCGAGGACCCGUACACGCCAGGUGGAAAUAUUGCGUUUGGCCCGAGCUUGAACACUGUGGGGUCGCCGGAUAUCAAGUACGUGUCACCAAAGCACCGACUUAUCAAGGUGGAGACAAUCGAAAAGAGCAGCUCGGCGCCGGGCGGCGGCGUCACAGUCACCCAGGCUGUGGCUGUGGGGAGCGUGAAAUCUCCCACUUCGCCUCCCUCGGACCACGACAACAAGGAUAAGCUCAUUAUCCUUGAAGACUAUGCGGACCCGUUCGAUGCUGAGCAGGCUGGUGGCACACAGACCACCACGGAAAAAGUUACAACUGAGAAUGAUGGCUACAUGGAGCCAUAUGAGGCCCAGAAGAUGAUGGCAGAAAUACGAUCUGGUGGACGAGGGCCUAAGGAAGGACCUGUGAGGCAGCUGCCAUUGUACGACACGCCAUAUGAGCCAGCUGAAAAUGGUGGCGACUCAGACCCUGAACGCUCGCGCUGCCCAAGGGAAAGCCGACUGCCCCAGGACGACGAGCGACCCCCCGAGGAGUACGACCAGCCCUGGGAGUGGAAAAAGGAGAGGAUUUCCAAAGCGUUUGCAGUAGAGAUUAAAGUGAUCAAGGACCUACCAUGGCCCCCUCCUGUCGGGCAACUCAACACCAGCCCUCCCCUGGUGGAGGAGCUGGAGUCUCCCUCCCAGACAGCUCAGCCCUCGCCAGGACAGACGAGCUGUGACCAGCACCACCAUGUCCAGUUUGAUGGUGUGGAGAAGUCUCGAAUGUCUCCAACAAAGGAGGGGAAAACUCGCCCGCUGCAGCGACACUCCAGCGGCUGUCUGGUCAACACUAAAUUGACGUCAAUGGACCAAUGCAGCUCCUCUCUCGGGGAGCGUAUUGACCCCACACUGCCCCUGGAAAGCCAGUUCUGGUACCAUGGAGCAAUCAGCCGAACAGAUGCCGAGUCUCUGCUCAGGCUGUGUAAGGAGGCCAGCUACCUUGUGAGAAACAGCGAGACCAGCAAGAACGACUACUCCCUCUCCCUUAAGAGCAGCCAGGGCUUCAUGCACAUGAAGCUGUCGCGGACGAAGGACAACAAGUACAUUCUGGGCCAGAACAGCUGCCCUUUUGACAGCGUGCCUGAGAUUAUCCAUUUCUACUCCAGCCGCAAGCUGCCCAUCAAGGGUGCCGAACACAUGUCCCUGCUCUACCCUGUAGCCAUCAGGACACUAUAGUGCUAUGGGUCACCUGCAGGCAUCGGCCCCUGCAGUACUCACCAGACCACCUUGUGGCUCCACUCUUCCUGUCCCUCUGAAUAGAGUCCCGUAGGCUCCUGGGAAGACGAACAGCGGCAUCCCAAACUGCUGAUCCUGACUCACCUCAAUGGCCGAAAGAAUCCAGACCUUUUGAAGGCCUACUGCAUACUAUCUCAUACUUACAGCCUCAAUGUUUGCAGAAGUCUUUAUUAUUUUAUUUUAUUUUAUUUUAUUUAUGACGGUCAUCCGCUUAUUACAUCACAGACUGACUAUCUGAUGAACAUCAUUUCAUUUAUUCUUGAGCUGACUUCCCCUAGCACUUAAUAGUCAAAGAAAAAGAAAGGUACAGCAUUGUAACAUUUGUCACUGGGAUGUACCUUUUAUCAUAUCAUGUUGUACCUUUUUCCUAAGAGUGCACAUCAUGGCAAUUGUGUAUGAACAAGUUUGUCUGAUUUUCUCAUUUGGUUAGGCUCUACUGAUACUGUAAUUGUUUGUAAGGGGACUUGAAGAUUGUAAGAGCCGUGUAAGGGAAGCGACAUUUAUGAGGCAUGUUAAGGGAUAUUGUCCGCAUGGGCCCCAUACAGUGGUCAGGAUAUUGAAUAAACUGGCCUUGUAUGAAUGGUGUGUCCCCAGCUGCAAUGAGACAACAGGCCUGUGAGCUGUGCAGACUGAUCUCUCUAUCUUGUCAUAGUACAUGCUCUUUGCUAUCCAUCACUGAGUGGGUGUAUCACGCCAAUGACAGUGUAAGUACCAUAGUGGUGAGACAGGCAGGAGAGCAUGAUGGAUGGGUCAUCCCAUCCGACACAGUACAAUUGGCUGAGGCUGGAGACCAGAGCCUGUCCAAAUGGACCAAAUUACCCCUGCUCCUCCUGCUUAGAAUGGCUUUGCAUUGGGAGAAUGAAAUAUGCCUGCAUUGUCUACCUCAGAAAAUCAAUUUCAUUCGCCCAUCUGCAGAUCAAUAGGUACAAUGGGAUUGCAGACAUCGAUCUGCCCUCCCUUCGACAUUCCCAAUUCCCUUAAAAUUGCAUCACUGGUUCUAGGAAUAUGUUUUUUUUAAUACAGUUAAUCCAAGAUUGUUUUAUGAAAACAUUUUCAUAAAAAAAAACAGAUUUUCCAGAUCUGCAAUUGUAUGUAUAGUCAUCAAUAUGAUACUGUGUGAUGUCAGUAACAAAUGUUUGGUUAAUGCCUUAUAAUGCAUGGGUCAAAUCAGUCCGCAAGAUCAGCCAAUUUCUAAUUCUACUUUUAAUGAUUGUUCUGUGACUGUAAUUUAUUCUGGGGUAAUUAUUACUGAUGUGUUACUCUUUAGUGAUGGCCCGUCGGCCCCUCGCCCUCUUUGUCCUGUGCCGAUGUGAUCGUGUUUUUUGGGACUACUCCAGCCUCUUUUACUGUGGUGCUUUGCAUUUUUCUUUGCUUCAAGUUCUGCUAAGUGCACGUUUGCCUCAGUGGCCUGACUCGGAGACACUACUCACAGCGUCUCCUGAAGAACGGGAUUAUCAAGCCUCACAUGAGAGAUGAUAGCAUAUUCUCUUCGGACCAAUCAAAGUGCAGCCUGUUUGAACCGGAUAAACACCUACCUUCAGCAUGACUUUCUUCUGCUAAGCAUUAACAUCUGUCUGUCAUCUACCCUUUACUAUCAGAUGUUUAUACAUGCGUGAAUGUGAGUGAGUACGCAGGUGUCCAACACUUUCAUGUGUACGGUAUUUGUAUGCAAAUGAGAAUGUGUGCACAGACUUUCUGAGCUCCAGUGUGUUUUUAACCCUGCUGGUACAAACUGGUGACAGUUAUUGCUUGAAUUUCUUUGGUUGUCAGCGCCUUUUUCUCUCCUUUGAAAUCGAGAAACUAGAAUCCAGCCCAAUGACACACCAAUUUUCUUUUUCUUCUUGCAUUCACUCAUUAACCACGUUAGAUAUUAGCAACUCAUAGGAAUGACAUGUCCGUCUUAUGGUCUGCAGUUCAUUUUAACAGAGUCCAUAUAUCGGCCAUCAGCACCAGAUUUUGCUGACCAGUCACAGCAAGAAGGCUCUGAUUUGCCAACGGUAUCCACACCACGAACUGAGCCUAAUGAGAGUGUCUAACGCUUGUAUAGCGAAACUGGCUCUGCUGAGAAAAACCUUUGUCAGUCUUAUGUGUUGCAAAAUUCAUUGGGUUGGUGGUUUAAAGAGCAAAUCCAAGUAAAGUUGAAAUUUUGGUGGCUUAGUCCAAACUGAAAAUAACUGACACUAGGAACUAGAAACUGACUUUAGCAAGCAUGACCACUGUAUAUACAAAGUCAAAUGAAUUUUGGCUUUGACUAUAGCUCCACUGUGCGUUAUGCAACUAAAAACUGCAGUCAUUGAAGGGAAGAUGAAGAUGGAGUGUGUGCCUCCACCAAAUGUUGACAUGCGAUGGUACAAAAUAUCCACAGGGAAGAAAUGUAAUGAGCAGUAUGACCUGAUUGGUAAAAGUAGUUUGCAGAAAGUGGGAUGUAUACAGGCGUUUAUUUUGUCGGUGCAGUAAGUGAGCAGACAGUCAUUGCUGUCAUCAGAUAAGUACUGUAUGUCAUAUGAGGGUUUCUGUUCAUGUGAUGAGGCAACCUCAACAGCUUUAGUAGGGAAUAGUAUGUUGUUGCAGUGGACCUAUGUAUUUCCUUGAAAGAAGAUAUCCUAAGAAGAAAGGCAAAUCUAAAAUGAACUAUGUGUGUGAUGUAUCCUUUAUGUUCAAAUUUUUCCCUGUUUAAGGGAUCAAACAGUAGAGGCUCUUUAUUUAGUUACUGCUGCUCAUGAGUAUUUCUCUACUAUAGGAAAGAGCCUGUGUAUGAUGGCCACGCUGCCUAGAGAGAGGCCUUAGCUUUGAAAGAGAGAGAGAAAACGGGAGAGAUGGAGGGGAAGAAUAAGGGAGAGCAAGAGCGGAGGGUGAUGGGAAAGGGGGGAGGGAUUUGCUGCAAUCAGCAGACACACUCUUCACAUUCGGAUAUAUUUCUGUUAUGAGAACCUGAAAGAGCCCCACUCCUCCCUCAGAAGUGUCUUAAAGUGUGUGUGCAUGCACACAAUUGUGCAUGCAUGAAACAGUGUUUGUGUGGGUGUGUGUGAGUGUGCUUGUGUAUUGGUGUGAGCAGCCAUCAGCCAUUGACUUGCCCCGUGUGAUUCUUGUGUAUCACUUUACCGUGGUAAAGUGGCACGUAUGAGUUUCUUUCGUGUACAUUUUCGUGCCACGUAUGUAUGCACUACUAUAACAUAUCUCUGUACAGUCCCUCAUGGCCAAAUGUAUAUACUGAAUGUAUUGUAUGGGGACAUAGAGGCAUCAAGGUUCAAAAUAAAUGAAACUGGGUUUAUGAGUUAAA